UUCUAUGGGGUUAUUUAUACUGGUUCAUGCUGGUCCCUACAGGUCGGUGGCCCCGUACAUGAGUGAGGACGUGACCCACGUGGUGACGGGGCAGGACUGGGACCGAACCUUCGAGGAGGCCCUGGCUCUGAGCCCCUCCCUCCAUUUUGUCCGUCCCCGUUGGGUUUUUCUUUGUGCCGAGCGGCUCCGGCCCGUCCCACCUCAACCCUACGCCGUCGUGCCCCGUGACGUCAGCGUGACGUCAGCGUGACGUCACACACCCCCCCCACAAUUCCCCGUUAAUUAAAGCAGUUUUGGUACAAUUAUAAAACCCCAUUCAUUCGUUUUUAUCCGGCGAGGAAAGGGUUAAUCGCGGCCUCUAGUCCCGCCCACGCGGCGCUCGACCAAUCAGAGCUCAGCGCCCCGCCCCAUCAGCCAAUCAGCGCCAUUCACUCAUCCGAUCAGCAUUCGCUCUAUUCAAAGGGCAACAUCUUGUCUUACGCUUCGCAAUACGGGUGGGCCCCACCCGCAGCGCAUCGCCCCUUUAAGAACCUAAUCCUCAACCCAUCAGGGCGAUAGCCCCGCCCUCUAUCCCCUCACCCAAUCAGCGUUGACUCACUUCAAUCGGCAACGUCCUUACUCUCACACCAUCAAUACAGGUGGGCCCCACCGCAGCGCAUCGCCCCUUUAAGAUCCCAUUUCUCAGCCAAUCAGGGCUGUAGCCCCGCCCUCUAUCCCCUCACCCAAUCAGCGUCGACUCUCUUCAAUCGGCAAUGCCAUUACUCUCAGCUCUCAAUACAGGUGGGCCCCACCCGCAACGCAUCGCCCCUUUAAGCUCCGCCUCCUCCCCCCUUUAAACCCCCUGCGGCUACUUCCGGUUCCGCCAUUCCGCCGCCAUGUUGCUCCGCCGCGGCCCCGCGCUGCUCCGCUCCUUCACUUCCGGUUCGAGGCGGCUCCUGUUCCGUCAGCUUUUCGAGCCCCGUUCGUGCACUUACACGUACGUGUUGGCGGAUGAAGCGACGAGAGACGCCGUGAUCAUCGACCCGGUGCUGGAAACGGUGCCACGGGACCGGAAGUUGGUGGAGGAGCUCGGGUUAAAGCUGCGUUAUGUCGUGAACACGCACUGCCAUGCGGAUCACGUGACCGGAAGCGGCGCCCUCCGCUCGCUGUUCCCCGGAUGUCGAAGCGUCAUUUCCGGUCAGAGCGGAGCCCGGGCCGACCUGCACGUCAAUGGGGGCGACAGUGUUGGAUUCGGGGCCUUCGUGAGUGGAUACGGGGGGUCUCUAUGGGUCUCUAUGGGUCGCUAUGGGUCUCUGUGGGUCCCUAUGGGUCUCUAUGGGUCGCUAUGGGGGAUACAGGGGGGAUAUUGGGGGAUAUAG